GCAGAGAGGGAGAUUAAUAAGGGGACCGAGGCAGGCGCAGUAGCACUGUCUUAUAUCCGCUGCCAGCUGCUAGCUAAGUUAGCCACAGGACACAGUUAGCAACUAGCUUCAGAGUUGUAGCAGCGCUCACUACAUGAGGGGCUGAGUAAAGCGCUUGUGUGUGGGGGGAGAGAGAGAAAGAGAGCGAGAGACGGCUAGCGUGUGUGUAUAUAACGCCCUCCCCACCAGCCGCUUCCUUUUCCGAGUGUGGGAGCUUAUCACGCACACUUCUCCACGCACUGUUUACACUCGGUGUCCGGUUAUUUGACAGCGGGAUUCGUUUACAGGCAGCGACGCAGCUGUAGCACGAUGCUGAGAUACGCAGGACUUCGAAGUGGCCUCGGCCUGUUGGCUGUGAGGAGAGCCUGUCUCCUCGCCCGCUACGCCCACUCCGCCCCACAGAACGAGUAUCGACCCAUCAAGAAAGUCAUGGUGGCCAACAGAGGGGAGAUCGCCAUCCGUGUGUUCAGAGCCUGCACCGAACUGGGGAUUCGAACGGUGGCCGUCUACUCUGAGCAAGACACUGGACAGAUGCAUAGGCAGAAGGCCGACGAGGCUUACCUGAUCGGGAAAGGCCAGCCACCCGUUGCUGCUUACCUGGACAUUCCUGACAUCAUCAAAGUAGCCAAGGACAACAAUGUGGACGCCAUCCACCCGGGCUACGGUUUCCUGUCUGAGCGGGCAGACUUUGCCCAGGCCUGUGCAGAUGCAGGGGUGAUGUUUGUGGGGCCGACGCCGGAAACCGUCCGCAAGAUGGGAGACAAAGUCGAGGCUCGCUCUCUGGCCAUCAGUGCAGGUGUGCCGGUGGUCCCUGGAACAGACUCGCCAAUCGCCGGCCUGAAGGAGGCGCAGGCCUUUGCCCAGACAUAUGGCUUCCCCAUCAUCUUCAAAGCGGCCUACGGAGGAGGUGGGCGAGGCAUGCGGGUGGUCCGAGAGUACGAGGAACUUGAGGAAAAUUACCAGCGGGCCUACUCUGAAGCACUGGCCGCGUUCGGGAACGGAGCCCUAUUUGUUGAGAAGUUCAUUGAAAAGCCAAGGCACAUUGAAGUACAGAUUCUUGGUGAUAAAUAUGGUAAUGUCAUCCACCUCUACGAGAGAGACUGCUCCAUUCAGCGGAGGCACCAAAAGGUUGUAGAGAUUGCGCCCGCUUUCCAACUGGACCCUCAUCUACGAGACCGACUUCAUGCUGACGCUGUGAACCUCGCCAGACAGGUGGGUUACGAGAACGCUGGGACCGUGGAGUUCCUGGUGGACAAACACGGCAAACACUACUUUAUUGAAGUCAACUCCCGACUCCAGGUCGAACACACGGUCACAGAAGAAAUCACAGACGUGGACCUGGUGCACGCCCAGCUGCACGUGUGCGAGGGCCGCAGCCUGCCGGAGCUGGGGCUGAAGCAGGACAAGAUCAGGGUGAACGGCUGCGCCAUCCAGUGCAGAGUGACGACCGAGGACCCGGCCAGGGGCUUCCAGCCCGACACGGGCAGGAUCGAGGUGUUCCGCAGCGGCGAGGGCAUGGGCAUCCGCCUGGACAGCGCCUCGGCCUUCCAGGGUGCCGUCAUUUCGCCCCACUACGACUCCCUGCUGGUGAAGGUCAUCGCCAGCGGCAAGGACCUGCAGACGGCGUCGUCCAAGAUGAGCCGCGCCCUGGCCGAGUUCCGCGUGCGGGGCGUCAAGACCAACAUUCCGUUCCUCCAGAAUGUGUUUUCCAACAACCAGUUCCUCCACUCCACCGUGGACACGCAGUUCAUCGACGAGAACCAGGAGCUCUUCAACCUCAAGCCCACUCAGAACCGGGCCCAGAAGCUGCUGCACUACUUGGGUCACGUGAUGGUGAAUGGACCAACGACGCCCAUCCCAGUCAAGGCCAAACCCUCAUCCACGGACCCCGUUGUUCCUCCUGUCACCAUGGGCGAGCCUCCUGUAGGCUUCCGUGAUGUGUUGCUUCGAGACGGCCCGGAGGGAUUCGCCAAGGCCGUGCGUGCACACCAAGGUCUGCUGCUAAUGGAUACCACGUUCAGGGAUGCUCACCAGUCGCUCCUGGCAACCAGGGUUCGGACCCAUGACCUGAAGAAGAUUUCGCCAUUUGUCAGCCACAGCUUCAGCAACCUUUUCAGCCUGGAGAACUGGGGAGGCGCGACCUUUGACGUGGCCAUGCGCUUCCUGUCAGAAUGUCCGUGGAAGAGGCUUCAGGAGCUGCGGGCUUUGAUCCCGAACGUCCCUUUCCAGAUGCUGCUGAGAGGAGCCAACGCCGUGGGCUACACCAACUACCCCGACAACGCCGUGUUUAAGUUCUGCGAGGUGGCCAAGGAGAACGGCAUGGACAUCUUCCGCGUGUUCGACUCCUUGAACUACCUGCCCAACAUGCUGCUGGGCAUGGAGGCGGCCGGGGCGGCGGGCGGCGUGGUGGAGGCCGCCAUCUCGUACACGGGCGACGUGUCCGACCCCAUGAGGCAGAAGUACUCGCUGGACUACUACGUGCAGCUGGCGGACGAGCUGGUCAAGGCCGGGACUCACAUCCUGUGCAUCAAGGACAUGGCCGGCCUGCUGAAGCCGGAGGCCAGCAAGCUGCUGGUGGGCGCGCUGAGGGACCGCUUCCCGGACGUCCCCAUCCACGUGCACACGCACGACACGGCUGGAGCCGGCGUGGCCGCCAUGUUGGCCUGCGCCGAGGCCGGGGCGGACGUGGUCGACGUCGCCGUCGACUCCAUGGCCGGCAUGACCUCUCAGCCCAGCAUGGGCGCUAUGGUGGCCUGCACCAAGGGGACCAAGCUCGACACCGGCAUCGCUCUGGACAAGGUGUUUGACUACAGCGAGUACUGGGAGGUGGCCAGAGGCCUGUACGCCCCAUUCGACUGCACCGCCACCAUGAAAUCAGGCAACGCCGAUGUCUAUGAAAACGAAAUACCUGGAGGACAGUACACCAACCUCCACUUCCAGGCUCACAGUAUGGGACUGGGUAACAAGUUCAAGGAGGUGAAGAAGGCCUACACCGAAGCCAACAAACUACUCGGAGACCUCAUUAAAGUGACACCGUCCUCGAAGAUCGUUGGUGACUUGGCCCAGUUCAUGGUGCAGAACGACCUGACCAGAGCCGAGGUGGAGGAGAGGGCUGACGAGCUGUCCUUCCCCCUGUCCGUGGUGGAGUUCCUGCAGGGAUACAUCGGGAUACCGCACGGAGGCUUCCCGGAGCCGCUCAGGUCCAAGGUGCUGAAGUCCCUGCCGCGCAUCGACGGCCGCCCCGGCGCCUCUCUGCCCCCGAUGGACUUCAAGUCCCUGGAGGAGGGCCUGCGAGCCGCCCACGGGGACGACAUCACCCCCGAGGACGUGAUGUCAGCAGCCAUGUACCCCAAAGUGUUCCAGGAAUUCAAGGAGUUCACCUCCAACUUUGGUCCAGUGGAUUGUCUCAGCACCCGCCUGUUCCUGGACGGACCCAAGAUCGCAGAGGAGUUCGAGGUGGAGCUGGAGCGAGGCAAGAUCCUGCACAUCAAGGCGCUGGCGCUGGGCGACCUGAACAAGGCCGGCCAGAGGGAGGUCUUCUUUGAGCUCAACGGACAGCUGAGAUCUGUGCUGGUCAAAGACACCGUCGCCAUGAAGGAAAUGAAGUUCCAUCCCAAGGCUCAGAAGUCCAUCAAAGGGCAGGUGGGGGCGCCCAUGCCUGGAAAGGUCCUGGAGGUCAAAGUGGAAGUUGGAUCCAAGGUGGAGAAGGGUCAGCCGCUGUGCGUCCUCUCGGCCAUGAAGAUGGAGACCGUGGUCAACUCCCCGUUGGCCGGGACCGUUAAGGCGGUUCACGUCACGGCCGACGCCUCCCUGGAGGGAGACGACCUGAUCCUGGAGAUCGAGGAGUAGAGGGGGGAGGAAGGGGGGGAGGGGAGGGGCCGGGCGGGGGGGACAUUGAAUCAGAACAUGGGGAGAAGAGGAUGAAAGGGAGGGAGUGGAGCGGAGCAGGGAGGACAGGAAGAGGAGGUCUUCACACACAAAUCAUAUGAGCCCCAAGCGGCGCUGUGUGUUUCAGGAGACUGAUGGUUUAAAGCACAUACGAUCCAACAAGCUUAAACAGGAGGCCGGCUCCCGGCGACACCUUAGGUGUGAUGAGUAGGUCACAACAUAUUUACUAAUGUCCUGUCAGCUUGUGGAAAUUAACAUUGUACAUGACGCAUUCCUUUACUUAAAUACUAGUCUUAAUGUGAGUUUACAGUGAGUGUGACACGUACAGGGUCAGAACGUCUCUAUGCUCCUGAUGACGUGCUACCAAACCACGUGAUGAUGUGAUCAUGUUUGCUUUUACAUUUCAUUUUCAGCCUCUGACAUUAGUCACAGUGCAUUCUGGGAAUGUGUUAUCACUGGUGGCAUUUAGAAUGUUUCCCCCGACUGUUUUGUUUUCAUGACUACAAAUGUGAGACGUCCUUUUAGGGAGAAGGCACGACGCACACAGGUGCUGAAGGAAGCAAUAAUUUGAGCUUAAUUCCACCUUUUUAUGUUUUCACAAAGAGAAGCACAGCAAAGCAGGCGGCUCAAUGUGAGGGGCACGGUCACUGCACCAAAGUCAAACAUGUUACUGUAUCAGUAACAGCACACGGUUUAUUUUUGUAAUAAUCUGAUGUGAAAAUGUUUCCAUUUUUGACUUUGAUAUGAAGCCGCACUGAAGCACCGCUGGAUAACGGGUGCCGCGUUUCAAACGCACCUCUGCUAAAUUCAACCAAUCCAGCCCCGACAGCCGCAGCGUUGAGGCAUGCGUCUGUGGCCAGAUGGUGUGACGUCGGAGAAGUUUCCUGCCCUGUCUUCAAUGAGCCCGGCACAGAUUAGGGUGAAUGGUCUUCGGGUUGCAUGGGGAUUGUAGCACAAGGUGUAAAUGGGAUUACAUGGCGCCGUAAUCGGGCAUGUGGUGUUAUUUUCUGAGGCUCCGCUGAUUAAUUUAGGAAUUAAUUCUCUGUCAAAUGAUGUGAAAUUAGCCGGACUAAUAAGAGACUCUGGAGAGCGCCAGCAGCAGCAGCCUGUUUUAUGGUGUGUGUGUGUGUGUGUGUGUGUGUGUGUGUGUGUGUGUGUGUGUGUGUGUGUGUGUGUGUGUGUGUGUGUGUGUGUGUGUACAGGAGGUGAAGCGUGUAUGUUUUUGAACUAAUUCUAAGACAAAUCAUAAUGUUGGACCUGCAAAGCUGCCACACACGCGAAAAGAUUUGAAACAGUCACAGCACACGCGCAAAAGUGAAACGCUGGUGCGUCGUCUCGUCUCCAUGGCAACACACCGUCCAAAGCACUUGCAGCGGUGCAGCCGUGACCCCCCGUCGCCUGUUACGCGACCAUGUUGACUAGUGACCUGUCUGGGGUCGGUCCCAGCUACAGGUGGAGGGUGAUCUGAGCAUGUGGCUCCGUCCCUUUUACGCGAGCACAGGGAUCAGCGCGCGUCGACCGGGGCGCUCAUUUAAAAUACCACUUUUCACGCAGCCGCAUUCUGUUCCAUUAUCUCCAACAAUGAGUCACCUUUUACACUGUGCAUGAGCAGCACAGGGGCCACGCCCGCCUGCGCGGUGGAAGCGUCUGAGUGGUUUGAACAAGCUGCUGAAGCGUAAUGGUGAAGUUCCCUCCCGCUCCAUUAUCUCUCCUCGCGUGCCCAAGUUUCUAUCCGCCCUCCUUCUCCUCACGCUCCCCCUCGUUCCGCCGCACACUGAAUUUGCACAAGAUGACAUCAUCAUCAGCUCAUGCAAUAAUGUACAGUGCGUGGCAGCGUUUGUGUGUUUUGACCCUGACAUCCAUCGUUUCAGUGUCAAAUGUGACGCAAAGCAGGGUGUAAUGUUGACCUGUCGUGAGCCCACGCCGCCAGGAGUGAACUGUUGCGAAGACAAUGAAAAUGGGGUCGGUGACAUCUCUCUACCCUUUCUCUCGCUUCCUUUGUGUGUUUUCAUGAAACCGAGCAGACUGGAUGUUUAAGCAGGAGCUAGCUGCACAUUAAAGUGUCUCCAUGGACUUGUUCCUUCAAGUUGUCUGUUUUUCUCAUAUCUGCAUAAUCAUGCUUUGAAAUUAACCUUUGUGGUAUAAUCUUUAAUAACAGAAGUAGUUUACAUCAGCGUGUCAGACGCGAGUGUUCUUACAGGAGACAAAGCACAGGCUUAUGGGAAACAUGUACUGGAUCAUUGUCCUUGUUAAAGCUGUAUGUACCAAUAAAGAUAUAACUGAA